CACCGCUCCACCGACGAAACCCCGGUGAUGACUUUUGCAUCAUUAGUACGGAUGCUUCCAGCAAACGAACUUUAGCUGUCGGAAUGAUAUGACAUAGAAUGCAUAAGGGCGAUGAAGCACAGUACAGUCGUCUCGACGGCUCAAGAUGCGCCCGCAAUCUCUCAGCACUCAUGUCACAACUGUCGUCGCCAAAGGUUGAGGUGCGACCGAACGACCCCGGAAUGUUCAAAGUGUAUUAAACGAGGACAAGAGUGCCUGGGCUAUCAACGAUUGUUUCGCUGGCAAGAAGACUUCGCAUGUCGUAGAAAACUAAGCGCUGCGAGGUCGAGAAACGAGCCUGAAGAUGAUGGCUGUGCGAAUGCUUCAGCACUUGCCAUCGCUUUGCCGCCCAGUUCAUUGACGGACCCUUUGGUGCAAGACCUGGACCGUAAAUCAAAGUUGUAUAUUUCUUAUUUCGCCGGGAAUGUGUGCCGGAAUCUUGUCCUUUACGACUCUCCCAAGCAAAAUCCCUUUCGCAAUCUCAUCCCACUCAUACAUCAGUUUCCUGUUCUUGGCCAGAUCAUUAUCGCCACUUCUGCGUUGCAUAUGUUUAAUUCAUCCCAAACUCACUCGCAGGAGCGCAAGCCUUUAAUUGAUCGUGCCGGCUUUAAUCCUUAUCUGGAUGCUUUGACGACGAAACAGCGAGCUCUGAAGAUGUUGAGACAUGCUGUUCUGGAAGGGACCUCUGGAGCAGCCGAUGUCGUCCUCGCGGUCAUGAUCCUGUUCAUCGAGUUUGAGCUCAUGGAUUUUGGAAGGAGCGACUGGAAGCAUCAUAUCGAGGGCGCAAGGACAGUCAUUCGAGGACUGUGCAGAGCGCGGUUGUCUGGAACGCAAACGACUAGUCCGAUACGCAGCUGUCUGAUCUCAAAUUGGAUGGUGUUUGACAUUCUGGCCUCCACGGCCACAAGUCCGAAUACCGAAUCACCACUAGACGCGAUGCCUGACAGUGUCACUCCCCACAUGGAAAACCUCCUCCGAGAUGCCGAAGGAACCCACUGCUCUUCCUUCCCUGCAACCUUGCUACAGCUACUCCAAAGUGGAACCCAGCUCUCCAACACCCGCAUGUCUCUUCAAGCGAAACAUAAUCAACUCUUCAUGCUCGUGUGCGCGGCAAAGUCCUUCGACCCUCUGAUCUGGGCCACAGAGCUACAGCCACGUUCGCCGUCUGCUGAUCUCCAACAGAGGGCUCGUGUGGCUCGCGCUCAUAAGGCGGCCGUGACCAUCUAUCUCUCCCGUCUACUGCUAUCGACAUAUCCAGAUACAAAACCGUCAUGCGACUUUGAAGCCAUGGUCAUGGAGAUUGUUGAUAAUAUCUCAGAUGUGCGAAGACAUGAUGAUUUGUUCUCUGCAACCACAUGGCCGGCUUUCGUUGCGGGAGCAGAGUCAAACGUGGUCGAUAUGCGGAAGCGGGUGGCGGCAAGAUUCCGGGAAUUGUGGAAAGUAGAGCCUUGGGGUUUGAUGCGACGGGCAUUGGAGACGAUGGAGACGAUUUGGGCAAUAAAAAGUGUCAGAAUAGAGAAUGGGGCGACUUGUUCACCUAAUGAUGGUAUUCGAGAUGGGGAUUGGAUAUUGUAUCUGAAAGAGACGGGCGUGGACUGGCUGAUUUUGUGACACGAAAAGAGGAACUUCUGCUUCCAAAUGCUGCCUUAUUUCUUCCUUCUCAUCGGCUGUCAACUCACUACUCGCCUUGGGUACCUUG